AUGUUGGCGACGCUGUCAAGACUUAAAAGCCCUAGACUUCUUUCUCCGGAAAUAUUUUUAGGAUACAUAUUAGGACAAGAGGUGAGAAGUAAAAAGGUUAGCUUGUUAAGUCACAGUUUACCAGUAUCCGCAGCGGUGAGGCAGAAAGUCACCGCUGGCUCCAGAGAUGUCAGCUCCUCCUGUUCGCUGUGCGCCAAAGCCAGAGGGCAGCCGAAGAAGAGAGAGCUGUCUGAAAAGAAGCUGACCCGUUGUUUUGUAGACCAUCGGCGUGUGAAGCUGAUGGCUGGCUCUGGUGGCAGAGGAGUUUCCAGCUUUCACAGUGAGCCGCGGAAAGAGUGGGGGGGACCAGAUGGAGGGAAUGGAGGAGAUGGGGGAAGCAUCAUUAUGAAGGCGGACAAGUUUGUCAAAUCAUUGGCACAAGUAGUCCCGAUUUACAAGGGAGAAGAUGGGCAACGAGGUGGCAGCAAGAACUGCUAUGGCAAGAACGGGAGCAAGAACUAUAUUUCUGUACCUGUGGGCACCGUGGUAAAGGAAGAAGGAGAGACACUGGCCGACCUUUCGGAGCACGGCCAGGAGUAUCUGGCUGUAUUUGGGGGAAUUGGUGGGAAGGGGAAUCGGUUCUUUCUGUCCAAUGAGAAUCGUGCACCAAUGACGGCAACCCAAGGAAUGAUGGGCCAGGAGAGGGUCCUUCAGCUGGAGCUCCGCACCAUGGCCCAUGCUGGACUGGUGGGGUUUCCGAAUGCUGGAAAAUCAUCAUUGCUGAGAGCCAUCUCCAACGCCAGGCCUGCUGUGGCUGCUUACCCUUUUACAACACUCAACCCACAUGUAGGAAUUGUCAAUUACAGGGAUCAUGAGCAAGUUGCAGUUGCUGACAUCCCAGGCAUCAUUCGAGGAGCCCAUCUGAAUCGAGGCCUUGGCAUUUCUUUUCUGCGCCACAUAGAGCGCUGUCGUUUCCUACUCUAUGUUUUGGACCUGUCUUCCCCAGAGCCCUGGACCCAGCUCGUGCACUUGCGUUAUGAACUGGACCAGUAUGACCCGGGUCUGUCCCUGCGUCCUCAGGUCAUCAUAGCCAACAAAAUGGACCUUCCUGAGGCCCGGGAGAAGCUAGAGACUCUAAAGAGCCACGUCUCCCAGCGGGUCAUCCCUGUGUCGGCGCUCACAGGACAAAACACAGAAGAGCUCAUCCUCCACCUCAGAGAGCUGUAUGACGGAUAUCUCCAAGGAGAAGGUAGUGGGGAAGAGAAACCCAAAAGAUGGUAGUAAAAAUGAGUUUGUCUGAUAUUUUCACGAUAUAUAUUUAUACUUGAAGACAUGGAAUGAUUUUAAAUUGCUUAAUAAACACAUAAACGAAACAUAAUUCA